GACUCGAGUCCGGCGCUGUGUCGCUGGCCGGGCCGCUGAGGGGCGCGGAGCCCACCCCGUCCUCUCUAGGCAGGGACUCAGCCCGGGGAGCCGGGAGACUCGGUGCCGCCUCCGGCAGCCUGGCCACCUUCUCUAGAUGCAGCCCGUUCCCCGCCGCCCCGAGGGAAGGUCCCGACGGCGGCGCGGGGCCCGGGGCAGCAGCCGCCGCGAUGCGGAGGGAAGCGCUGCGCUCACUCGACCUCAGCUCUCGGGCAGGACGGGUUCCUGCGGGCGGACGGCAGGGACACAUGGAUUCUCUCCAUAAAAAAAUCACUAGUGCCCCUACUGACUCUUACAGUGACCUUUCUAUAGGCAACACAGAAAUGGGAGAAACUGACAAAAACAAAGACCUUAAAAGGGAGAGCCUCCUGGAAACUCAGUUUAGCCACAUCAGAUUCCUAAAGAAAAAGCAGCAUGCACAAAGAAACCAGCUAAACCAGAAUACUAGUGCCAUGCAGGAGGGGAACAAGCAUGUUGCAAAAAAAAAUCUGGAUACAGCCUCAAAGGUGAGGUCAAGCGCCAUUCUGAGAAAGCUAGCACAGAUAGAAAGCAAGAUCAUGACCCGAAAGGUACAGAUGGAUUUUUCUGAUACUGAGUUGGACCUGAAGAUUUCGGAUGAAAAUAACGUAUCUGCGAGAUCCAGUCUGGAGGAGAGUGCAAGAGGUACCAGGUAUCUGAAGAAAAAUGACACAGUCAAGGAAAAUGUAACAUUGAGUAAAGUCCAUUUCAAGGGGAAAAGUAGCUGCCAGACAACAAAAAACAAAGUGCCAAUUAGAAAACAACUUAGUCUAGAUAGUGAUGAAGAGGAAAUGAGACAAUUACUAGGGAGCUCUUUGGAGUUUUCCAGUGAAAAUGAGAACCAGAAGGAUGUCACCAAUUUUUCUAAACCUGACGGAAAGUUAUUCAUGAAGUCCAAGAUGAAGAGUCCACCAAGAACAUCUUUUCCACCCAAAAAAAUGACGUCUUCGACAAAUCUAUUUAAUGCUCCUUCGCUACUUAGCAAAAGUUCUCAGAAAAGAACCUCUGAUACAAUUCAUCCACAAACUCCCUCUCCACCAAGUAGAAAUUUGCCAAGACUAACUAGUAUGUCUUUUCAAUCACCAACUUCAAUAAAAGACAGCAUUGCAGAGACCGCUUCACCUAGAACAAACCACAUCAAACAAAGUCAGGUGGCCUUGUCUGAAAGGAGUGAAAUCAAGUCUUUGGAUGAGUUGUUUUCAAAAGCAGCAGAUACAGAAGAUGCAACCAGUGAAAGUUCCAAUGACUUCAGAUUAAAUAUUUUGAGCAUUGAUGAUUUGGAUCCAAAUGUUUCUGGUGAUAGAGAAGCAUUAAAACAAAUGGAGACAGACAUUCAAAUAGCUAAAAAAUCAAACAAGGACUCAGAACCAAAUGUGUUUCCUGUGAAUAAUGACCAAACCUCCCUUAAAAUGGUGAGUGUUUUAACUAGUACUAAUGCUGCUUCUGACAAUAAUAUGGAAGGGGAAAUCGUGACUGAAGCUGAAAUCUCUGAAUUUUUAAGUGGAAUUUCUACAGACUGUCUUAGCGUUAGACAAGUGUUUCCUGGACCUGAGGAGAGCACUGUUAAUUCAGAAUAUUCUGAAGAUUUUGAAAAAUCUCUGUCUUUACCAGAAUCUGAGACUACAGACAGACGAUCCUUGUCUGAAAUGUCAGUGGGGCAUUCUAACAGCUCUGUGUAUUCCAGAAAAGACCUUUCUCCCUCACUCUCAUCAGCUCAGUCUAAGAAAAAAUGGCAUGAGACAGUAAGCAGAGUAACUCUCAAAGAGAUGGCUGUGCAGACAACUGAUUCUCCAUUCACCUAUCACUGGUCAAAGAAGGAUGGCCCAGCAAUCGUUGGCCCAGCUGUAAGAUGCAGUUAUAUUGAUCCAGUACCUAUUGCCAGUCAUGUCACCAUGGAUGCCCUGGAAGCCCUAACAGCAUAUAGUCCUGCAGUGUUUGCUCUGAAUGACAUGUUAAAACAGCACUUGAUACUGACCCAGCAGUUCGUGGAGACAAUCCACCAUCUUCAUUUAUCGCUUGUGGAGUCAUUGGAGAAUGAGUCAUUUCAAUAUCACACACUGGCAGAAGCAAAGGAGUACAUCAAGAAUCACAAAUCCCCACCUAUGACAAUUGAGCAAGCAUUAGAAGAAGUUCAGAAAAUGAAAGAGCAGUAGCAGGAAUUGCUUUGACCUUACCAUAAUGAAUAACCAUAUUUACUUUCACAAGUGGGAUUUUCAGUUGCAAGUCUCAAACUGAAAUAAGAUUUUCAACUGUUGUAGAAAAGGCAGAUACUGAGUUAAUUUUGUAUGUGGUGCAAAUUCAUGCCAUCUGUAAACUUUAUCCUUAUGUACAUGCUGUUCAGAAACAGGAAAGAAGCCUAUCACUACAGUAAAUGUCUUAGUUUUAACUACCUACAUGUCUUCACGGGUAAGUUAGACUUAAAUGUGCUAAGUAGGAAACAGCACAUUAAACUUAGCAAGCAAAGAAACAAAGGAUUAUAUGUAGUGUUUGUUGCAUUAUAAAUCAGAACUUGACUCGCAUAUUUAACAGUGGUGAUAUGGUAAAAAAUGCAAACCUCUGGUAUUGUUCAAGCAAAGAGUCUGAAAGGGAAAGAAUAUCAACUAUCUUAAGUUAGUGCACUGCUUUAUUUUAAACUGUGUAUGGAUAUAAUUUUGUCCUCCUUAAGUUAUAAAAAAAAUUUCAGAACACCUACUCCAAAAAUAAAGAUUAAUUCCAGGCAAGAUAAGGCGAUACUACUUUAUCUAGGUAAGGGCAACCCACUUACUUUGAAAAACAAGCUAAAGGCAGUUUUAUAAAAGUGUUUAUUUGAAGGCAAAACAGUAAAAUUCACAAGUUAGUAACAUACAUGUCUUUUGCUGAUUCACAGACAGUUACAGUUUCACAGCUACAAUAAAUCUAGAACAAGUUGAUUAUUUACUAUAGGGGACUCGAUGGUUUUGAAGAUAAUUUUUACUGUAAAAAUGGCUCUGGAAGAGGCUGCCAUCCGGCAGACCUCUGCAGUGGAGGUGCAGUGUAAGGAUGUCUAACAUCUGUAGCUGGUGGUCUCUGGAAACAGAAUUUAGUUACAAAAAAGGGUAUUUUGUAGGCAGGGUGGUUUCCAAGAAUGUUUCAUAUUUAGAACUGUGGGGUGGGGAAAAUGAAGUCUUCUCUACUGAAUUAGUUUUAGCUUUUUAUUCAAGGGUAUAUACAAAAAUAUAAAAAGCUUAAAGAAUGCCUUUCAUUAUAAAGCAUUGAACAUCUUAGAGCACUUGAGUGGCUAAAA